AUGAGUCCUACAUCGAGGUUGCAGAGCAGACGACCUACGCGAUCUUCGCUGGCUUGUCUUCCUUGCCGUUCACGUCAUUCGAAAUGCGACGGCAAUCGUCCGUGUUGCGCCCGCUGCACUGAUGCUGGCAGGGAGUGCUGCUAUGCUCCCUCACGUCGCGGUGGGCUGGACCGCGCAGCGCUGGCAGAGCGUCGCAAAAGACUCACUGCGACAGAUGGCCCUAGAGGCACUUUAUCUGUUGACGACUCAAGUCCACAACGUGCUGUCCAACCCGCUGAGGUCGACUUCUCCCAGGACUCGGCCCUGCUCGAUACUACCAUGAGUGGUAAUGGCACAUCAAACAUUCCAUUAAUAGUAGCGAGCCCAGCUCAGAUUAUUAGCAUCGAGGACGAUGCCCUGGUCGAUGCUUACUAUAAGAAGUUUCAUAAAUCUCAUCCCUUCAUAUUACCGCGGAAGCACCUCGCAAUAAUGUACCAAGACCUGGGCAGACGGCCCAGGUUCACGCCACUCAUUGCAGUUCUACGCUUAAUCGGGGAUAUUUAUACCUCAAAAGGUUGGUCGAUACCGCUGCAGGAGUACAUAGAAACCUGCUUUGCACAAGUGGCCCCAUCCGACCCCAUCAUGGUCCAAUGUCGCCUUCUAUAUUCUAUGGCGCUCUUCUGGUACGACUAUAAGGACGAUGCCAAAAAGGAAAUGGACAGUGCAACUAAGCUUGCCAUUGAUCUCCAAAUGUUUCGCCAAGAGUUUGCAGCGUCGCAGGGAGCCGAUGACCCCGUGCUGAAGGAAAGCUGGAGGCGAACAUGGUGGAUGCUGUUCAUCGUCGAUGCGUACUACGCCGGUACUCUGGGGACGAUGAACUUGGCGGUUGUGGAUAUCGCUGCUACUGUCGAGUUACCCUGUGAAGAGUCCGAGUACGAGUCCGGGAAUAUUCCCGAGCCGAAAACCAUUGAAGAGUUCAACUGCCGCGAAUUCAGCCCUGAGGGCACCAAGUUUUCCUCCUUUGCGUAUCUUAUCGGCGCCGUACAAUGCGCAGCAUCCGCAAUAUCGGUGGCGCCGAAGACAGCCGUCAAAGAAGACUCAACGCGUGUCAUCCAAGCCGCCGACUGCAGUCUAGACGGAUGGCGACUUCUACUACCGACGGAUCACAAGCAGGUCAUGACACAUACUGGGGAAAUUGACGAGCUCAUGUUCCAAGCUCACCUAGUAAUUCACGUCGCAACUAUUGGCCUGCACCGGCCCUUUUCGACCCUCAAAUUCAAUGCAAUUGAGGACGUUUCCAGCUGUGCCCGAGAAGCGCCCCUAGAUACCCCUACUCCAGAUCUUGUCAAUGUACACACCGUCCGAGUCCUGCGGUCCGCAGAGGCACAAAUUCGCCUCCUUGCCCUACCCGUGCAAGAAUUCUGCCACACCCCUUUUACCACCUGCAUGGUGAGCGAGGGAACACUAGCGCUGCUUUCGGCCUGCAAAUUCCUAUUUAAGGGGAAAGAUCUAGCAAUCGCAAGAGAUCAGAUCCGGAUGACGAUCGGGUGCCUCAAGGUCCUUGGCGAGGUAUGGCCGAGAACAGCGAGAAAUGUUCGCGAGCUACAGACGAUUGGGCAGUAUGUGCUUGGGGUUGGGUCUAGGGUGGAAAGCAAUAGCGAUGCGUCGAAUUCCACCGAAGGUUUGCAUGCUUUUGAAGGAGAAGGAAGUCUGAGUUCUAGUACGGAUGUACUAAGCAGCGACAUUGAUCUUCUUUCUUCUAUCAGGUCUAUCCAGGAUCUGUGUGGAUGGUAUGGCCUUGGUGAUCUGGAUGAUCUCCCCUGGGGUAUGGUCGAUGGGUUGUAA